GUCACAAGUUUUUGCUGCUAUUUCAGUGCAGCUGAGCUCCCUGACUCCUGGUCAAGUAAGAUUGUGUCUGCGGCUGUCGUCAGUCUAGAUUGAGAAAGUUGGGAUGCUGGUCAUCAGAAGGAAAACCCCACGUUCUGUGUGUAGUGAGAACUGCCGGCCAGGUUACAGGAAGUCUGUUCGGGAAGGUCAGCCAGUUUGCUGUUAUGACUGCGUGCCCUGUCCAGAAGGAGAGUUUUCCAACCUAACAGAUGUGGCUGUAUGUGUGAAGUGUCCAGAAGACCAAUGGCCAAAUGAAGAAAAAACAACUUGCAACCCGAAGCUUAUAACUUUCCUGUCCUACCAAGAGCCAAUAGGAAUUGUUCUGACAUUUAUAGCAGUAUGCUUUGCUUUUAUAACUAUAGUGAUUCUGGGAAUAUUUAUUUGCUUUCAAGACACCCCAAUUGUGAAAGCCAACAACAGGGAUCUCAGUUACCUUCUUCUGACAUCUCUCAUAUGCUCAUUUCUUUGUAGUCUACUCUUCAUUGGACAUCCAAAACAGCUCAUUUGUUUUUUGCGUCAAGCUGUUUUUGGGAUAACUUUUGCCAUUUCUUUAUCUUCUCUAUUGGCCAAAACAUUAAUAGUUGUAAUAGCCUUCAAUGCCACUAAACCAGGAAAUAAUUUACGUAAAUGGGUUGGCACUAAAGUCCCUAAAUAUAUUGUUCUCAUCUGUUCACUUAUUCAAGUAUUUAUUUGUAUUUUAUCACUUAAUAUAACAUUUCCAUACCCAUAUUAUAACAUGAAUGCCGAAAUUGGUAAGAUCAUAGUUGAAUGCAAUGAAGGACCAGAUAUGUCUUUUUAUUUCAUACUUGGAUAUCUUUGUAUUUUGUCAUCUGUGAGUUUUAUUGUUGCUUUUUUGGCAAGAAAGUUACCUGAUACCUUUAAUGAUGCAAAAUUAAUUACAUUUAGUAUGCUGGUUUUCUGUAGUGUUUGGAUUUUCUUUAUUCCAACCCAUCUCAGUACGAAAGGAACAUCCGCUGUGGCUGUUGAGGUGUUUGCAAUCUUGGCGUCAAGCGCUGGGUUACUCAGUUGUAUAUUUGCUCCCAAGUGUUAUAUAAUUUUAAUUAAACCAGAGAAAAACAGCUGUGUCCAGCUUCAGCAUAAAGAUGUGCAUUUGAAGAAGGUCAGAGAAUUCAGCUCUACUUCAGUAAAUAAAUCAUUUUUAAAUGAACAUGCUGAUAUUUGUGGAUGUUGGGAACUCAUUUCAGAACCACACACCAGUCACUGGUACUAUGGCUAUGCCCAUAAUAGGCCCCAAUCAUGA